AUGAUGGAAGUGGAAAGGUAUCCGUUACACCGUGCUGCAUUCUUCAAUGAUACACAGUCAAUUGCACGACUCAUUAAUAAUGGUGCAGAUCUUCAUUUUCAAGAUCGCCAAGGCAAUACAGCUUUACACAUUUCCACGAUGCUGGGACACAAGGAGGCAACAACACUUCUGCUUGCUCAUAAUGCUUCAGUGAAAUCGAAAAACAAGGAUGGGUGGAAUAGCUUAAUGGAAGCAGUAAGCUAUGGUGACCGACAAAUAAUUACAGCUAUGUUACGUAAAUUGAAGGCACAAUCACGGGAAAAUAUGGCAGCUCGAAAACCUCAUUUACUUAAGAUGUUGUCUGAGUUUGGUGAUUUCUACAUGGAAUUAAGAUGGGACUUUCAAAGCUGGCUUCCUCUGCUCACUAAGAUACUUCCAUCAGAUGUGUGCAAGAUAUAUAAAUAUGGGACAAAUCUAAGGUUGGACACAACACUAGUUGAUUUUACUGAUCGAACCUGGGAACGAGGCAAUAUAUCUUUCAUCUUUUCAUCAGAUUCAGAUCGCUCGAAGGACCAGUUUCUGAUUUUAGAUCAUGAGGCUAAGGUAUUCCAACGUAUAAGGCACGAAGAAUCAGAGACUGAAUUGGAUGAAGAAAUUGAUGUUCUAAUGUCUUCUGAUAUUGUAAGCGCUCAGAUGUCUACAAAACCAAUAACGUUUGAAAGAACAAUAAGUGGUUGGAUUUUCAAACAUGAAAAAUUGGAACAAGUGGGUGAUUAUAAUGCCGUUUAUUAUACUGUGGAGGGUAUGUCACUAAUUACACGUAAACGGAGAGAGCACUUGACAGCAGAAGAUAUCAAGAAAAAUAAAGCAUUCAUGCAAAGUUUAGCAAUGGGAUCACUGUUGGCAGAAGAUGAAUUCAUAAGCCUUCAACAUCGAAAAAGUUUACCUCCACCGCGAAAAACAGCGAUCACUUGGGAAGAAUAUAUUAAUGCUGCUGCUGGUCUUGCUCCUUCUCUAGGACGUGCUCAGGUUCUUAAGCAAAAUACAAAGAAAUUCAAAGCGCUUGUUGCAAUGGCCGAAGAUUUUCCUCUUUCGGUUGACGUUUUAUUGGAUAUUCUCGAAAUUGUCGCACCUUUCAAGCACUUCGAUAAAUUGCGGUGUUUUUGUAAAAUGAAGAUGCCACCUGGUUUUCCAGUCCGAAUCGAAAUUCCUAUACUACCAACAAUAUCAGCGAAAGUCACAUUCCAGAAAUUCAUGUUCCGCAAUGAUCUAACGCCAAAAAUAUUCAAAAUACCAAAGUCGUAUCAAGAAGAUGCUAAUCGUUUUCCGGAUCUUUAA